AUGGGCUGGAUGAAGCGUAAGGCUCUCAACAUUGCAACCGUCACCCUCAGCGUCCACCAAUACGCGGACGAAAAGGACCCCAAGGUCCUGCACGUCAACAUCGACCAAACAGUCACCGGAGGUAUCCCCGGCACAACCGAACACCGUAUUACCGACUGGGAAGGACGGGAGCACGAUGACCACGUCUUCGGGAAGGUCAGAGGUCAAUCCCGCUUGAUCCGGGGCUCGAAGGGCGACGAUGGAAAAUUCCGCCCUAACGUGGAAAUCGCUACCAAGACCGAUGACGAGGAUGUGAAGAAGUUCCUGAAGGGCGAGAUUCUGGCUGAUGGAAAGGAUACUGAGGGCUUCGUUGCUGACAACGUCGGUGAAGAGUAUGGUGAGGGCGAGAGUCUCUUCCUCCAGAGCUUUGUGCAGAACCUGGACAGCACCGGCGGCUGGACUGCUGAACAAAUCUGGGGCUUCGAAGUGAUCGAUGGAAAGCGCUACUACACUCGCCGUGUCGUCGUUGCCAAGGACGGCAAAUAUGAAAAGGCCCGUUUUGUGUACACCUUCAUCAAGCGCCGGGAAUAG